UAAUCCGGUGGUCACAAUGUGCAUGCGCGAAUUCAGGAGCGUGCGUCGGGACACCGAGGGGACUCGAUGUUUUAUCGGCGACAAAACUACUUCCACUCUCCAAAUUUCAUCCGCAAGAAAGUGGUGGUCAGAAAUGAAAUGAGCUCCUGAGGACUCUGUGGCCACCUGUUCUUCCACGCCGCGCACCAAGCUGGAUACAGACUGAAUCCAGAAACGGAGUCGAUGCUGUUUUCGGCAGCAUUGCAUCAUUAUCUGACAUUCUUGAGGUCUUCAUUAAAGAUGUGGAGGUGUAAAGGUUAAUGUUGUGCUCCUGGGACCGGAUCCAAACCCAUGCUCACCCUGAACGCUGCAUGCUCACAUGACAUGUCAGUCUCUGUGUCAGGGACAAAAUGUCUAAAUGUGAGCUGAUUGAGCUGAAGGACCUCAGUGUAAAUGACCGGAUUGAGCUGGCUGCCCCGGCGGCACGUGCAACAGCCCCGCUGCCCUUAAACCCAGAACAUCCCAUCAGCCAGUUCAGUGUGGUCCGUUUGGUUGGAGACAGUGUCAGCGUUGAGGGACCCUUGGGUCUCGCAGGAGAGGCUGGUGAUGGCCAUGACUUCCAGCCAUGCAGUUACACCCACAUCACCUGGUGUGACCUGUGUGGAGACUUCAUCUGGGGUCUCUACAAGCAGAGUUUACGCUGUGCCAACUGCAGAUAUACCUGCCACCACCGCUGCCGACCAUUCAUCCAGCUGGACUGCAGCACUGAUGCAUGUGUGUCAAUAGACCAGGCGGAUUUCUCCGAGGACACCAUAGAGACAGACACAAAUGUGGAUGAACAAAUUGAUUGGCGAAAGCAAGAGUUGACCAUUGGUGAAAUUCAGCAGAAGGUGAAGGAGUAUAAUGCUCAAAUCAACAGCAGUCUCUACAUGGUGGUUAAUAAAGAUGGCUCCUACACGGGUUUCAUCAAGGUGCAGUUCCAGUUAGUUCGACCCAUUUCCCUCCCGCCUCCCAAGAAACUGUCCUUGACACAGGAAGGCGGCCCACAGGAACGCUUGAAAAAACGCCGGACAUCUUUCUACCUCCCUAAAGACACUGCAAAGCACCUGCAUAUAAGCUCCCGAACCCGGGCACGUGAAGUCAUACAAGCAUUGCUCAACAAGUUCACUGUGGUGGACAACCCGGCAAAGUUUGCCCUGUUUGAACGCACCGAACGACAGAAUCAAGUUUACCUGCGAAAAUUGUCUGAUGAUGAGCGUCCCCUCCACCUACGCCUGUGUGCCGGCCCCAGUGAAAAAGCCCUGAGUCUGGUGUUGAAAGAGAAUGAAACAGGAGAUGUAAAUUGGGAUGCAUUCAGCCUUCCGGAGCUGUGCAACUUUCUGCGAAUCUUGCAGCGCGAGGAAGAGGAGCACGUCCGGCAAAUUGUGAGGCGCUACGCUCUUGCCAGAGACAAGAUGAAGCAGGCCAUGGCGAGAAUCACUACCCCUGGUUGAUUUUGUCUGCAGCCAGAGACAAUCAGCUGGUUCACAUGGUUAAAUUUUAA